AUGUACUGCGUGUCCCCUCCAACUUCGGCGGGGUGGCGAGGCCCUGGCUUCCGCAGAGACCUGCUCCUGGGGAAGGACGAGGAGGAACCCUCAGAAAACCGUCACCCGCUCCCAGAGGCAGCGGAGGAGGCCGGCCUGGGAGGGGGCGCCCUGAGCGGCUUUUGGGAGAGGGGACAGGAGGUCCCGCUCCCACGGCCGGGUGCUCCGCCGCCCGUCCGCACCAGCACCUGGGAUCGCCACCCACCUGCAGUCCCGCUCCCACGGCCGGGUGCUCCGCCGCCCGUCCGCACCAGCACCUGGGAUCGCAGCCCACCUGCAGUCCUGCCCGCACUGGCUGGUGCUCCGCCGCCCGCCGGCAUGGCGGUGCAGGUGCCCCUGUGGCACCAUUACCUGCAGGCGGUCCGGUCGCGCGCGGCGCCCCGGGCCCAGGACUUCCAGCGAGCGGAGGAUGUGCUGCUCACCGUGCUGGAGCGCGUGCACGCCCUGGACCCCCGCUUCCUGGUCGACUACUCCCGCGACCUGGGGGCCUUCCAGUUCGCGCUGCGCUCCUCCGAAGAGCCCCUGGACCUGGAGGUGCCCCUGGGGCUGGAUGCCGAGGACCUCCUGAUCGAGGAGUCGGGCGCCGCCGAGCCUGCGGGCGGCCCUGCAUGCUGCCGCCUGGGGGUCCCUACAGAAGGCGCGGGCUUGGAGCCCUGGACGGCAAACGAUGUCUUCAGCGCCUCCUCGGAGAGCAGCGCCCGGUGCCGCGGCCACAUCGUGCCGGGCAAGGUCCUGUGCGUCCUCAGGGACCUCCUGGUGGCCGCCAUCGUGCACUGCAAACACCACAGUCUCAUCGCUCCAGGCUCGCUGAAUGCCUCCAGCCUUCAGGAGGAGGAGCUCCAUCUGUCCCUGCUGGUGUCCAGCGGCUGGAGGACCAUCCGCUUCAACGUGGUGCCUGUGGUGAGAAGGAGGUGCAGGGUACCUGCCCCAGAGAGGACCCUACUGGUGACCCGCUUCCCCACAGGCAGCCUGGAGAGAAUCCUGGACCAGGGGGUGGACCUCGUGCCAGCCAGCACCCAACACUGGAGGGUCUCCACUGACUACCUGCUGACGAGGCUGCUGGGUGCACUGGGCUCCCUCCCCGGCCACCGCCUGGACAGCAUCUCCAUCCUGGAUCGGGUCAACCACGAGAGCUGGCGGGACAAUGGCCGGAGUGCUGGCCUGGCCUUCAGCCACAUGAAGAUGGUGCUGCUGUGGGCCUCAGUGCUCUUCCCAGCACCCGAGGAUUGGGCUGACCUGGAGGGCGCCGUGUACCGCCUGCUGGUGGUGCUGCUCUGCUGCCUGGCCACCAGGAACCUGCCACACUUUCUGUGGCCGGGGCAGAACCUGCUGCUGGCCAGUGGCCUGGACCUCGGCACCCUGUACCAGCAUGUGGAGCACUUCGCCAGCCAGCCCGAGGCAUCCCUGCGCAUCCAUGUCACGCACCUGGGCUGCAGCCCACCGCCACGCAUUGACAACAGCGUCAAGGCCCUGCUGCAGCUGCCCGCCAGUGACCCAGCCUACUGGACCACCGCCUACUUCGACAUCCUUCUGGACAAGUUCCAGGUCUUCAACAUCCAGGAUAAGGACCGGAUCGCAGCCAUGCAGGGCAUUUUCCGGAAGACCAAGACUCUGGGCAGCGAAGAGAGCUGAGCGGGACGCCCCAUGCCUCCCUAUACCGCCCACAGGAGGCUGCGGGACGUAUGAUGAAGGGCAGGUGGCUUCACCUCGAGACAAGUGGUGGGUGGUGGAGAGACUUGAUCCCAGGGACCACCCUCAGACUGUCCAGGGUGUGGCCUCAUGGCAACCUGAAGGUGCUGGGCAGGUGGGCUCUCCUGGAACUGCUGCCUUGUCCUCCGGGGUGAAGGUCUGGGAUGACGGUGCUGUGGGGUUUGUGUGACACUGUGUUGAUCCCAGUGGCGAUGUCGAGACUCUGAAAACCAAGUAUCUUCAUGGACCUGGAGCUCAGGGGUUUGUCCCUGCCUAUACCACAUGGUUCCUUCUAGAGAUGAAAUAGUAUAUAUAUGCUAGAAUAAACUAAUGCACUGAAUAUAUACAGCCGAGGUGGCACUCACUUUGUGUAAGUA